AUGUCCCAACAGUACUCUGGUUAUGGACAGCAGCAACAGCAGCAGAGGCAGAACCUCUUCCAGGUCUGGAUGGGUGAUCUUCUCCCAUCGUGGGAAGAAGACACAAUCAGGCAGAUCUGGCUAUCUGUAGACCCAUCUCUAUCUGAAAAGAUACAUUCCAUAAGGGUGAUAAAGGAUAAAACUCCCAACCUUGCAAAGCUCAACAAUAACCCAGGCUAUUGUUUUUUGAGGUUCACGGACUAUGACACCGCCAAUGAGCUUAUAACUAAUUAUCAAGGUAAACCUAUACCCAACCAUAAAGAUAAAUUUUUCAAACUCAACUGGGCCUCCUCUCACACGCAGAACCAGCAACAACAACAAGGAUAUCAGAAUACACAGGAUAGCUCCAACAGGACUCAGGAAAACUCGAUAUUUGUAGGCGAUCUUGCUCAAGGAGUCACGGAUACAAUGCUGCUGGAUGCCUUCAAGAAAAAUUAUCCCUCCGCAUUUUCUGCCCGUAUCAUGAUAGAUUCACAGACAGGAAAGACAAGAGGAUUUGGAUUCGUUAAAUUCAGAGACAUUCAAGAGCUCAACAAGGCAUUGAUAGAAAUGCAGGGAUUUGUGCUUAACGGCCGUCCCAUCAGAGUUUCCACUGCCGGUAGAAGCACCAGUAACACUAAUGGGGGUCAGCUCAAACAAUCAGUACAACAAUCAUCUACAGCUCCAUCCUCAUCGGGGUCCCAAUCCUACGGCUUUGGAAAUAGGCUUGUCAUUCCGCCGCUACCAUUGGCUCCACCUUUAAACCCAGCUUCUGACCCUAACAAUACGGCAUUAAGUGUAACCAAUAUUGAUGAAUUAACCGAGCAAAAAGAACUUUGGGAGUAUUUUCAACCUUUUGGCAAAAUUGUUCUUUUCAAACAAACAUCCAAGGAAAGUGCUAUUGUUGUGUAUGCUGAUAGAUUAGGCGCAGAAUUGGCCGUCAGAGAGAUGAAUGGUUGUCAAGUAGGGUUUUCACGCAUAGUCGUUAAAUGGGGUGAAUCUCCUGUCAAACCACCUGAAAACAACUCUGACUACCCAUUGACCAAAGAUAACGUUCAAAACGAGUUCCAAUUGAACGAGAAUUUCCUAAAAAAUCGUAAUUAUGAUUUAAUAUUGUAA